AUGGAUACGGAUUUCGGCGACGAAAGGGUGGAGCCGGAUAUUACUCCUUCUGGAGCAUGUGCUAUGCGCAAGCUCCCAUCCGAAUUACUCAACGAAAUCUUCUUGUGGACCCUGCCACCCGUCCCAUCAUUCAAAGCCAUGGAGAGUCCAUUAGUCUUAACGCAUGUGUGCAGUUGGUGGCGAGAAUGUGCGACGACACAGUCAGCACUUUGGGAUACUAUAUACCUCCCUUCCCCCGUUGAAGGGCUCUCCCCAGGAGACGUGGAGCUCUGCAAAGUAUGGCUAGAGCGGUCUAGAUCCCGCCCAAUAUCAGUGGACUUUCAUCUAGCCAGCGAUUACCAACCCUGGAAAAUAUCCGUGGAACAUGUACUUGCCGUACAAGAAGUAGUACGGAUACUAGCCCCACAUGCGCAUAGGAUAACAAAGCUCCUUCGCGUAUUUCCCCGUUUUCUUCUAAACGAUCUGCGGUUGGAACAUAUGUCCAACCUUGAUGACUUGUUUAUCUGUGACAUCUCGGAUAGUAUUGCUGGCCAGACGCAUGUCGCGCCACAGACUUUCAAGGUCCCUGAUACGCUGCGGUGCUUGUCUCUCAGACAAACUUUCUUUGAUACCAAAGCAUUCUCUUCACUCAAAACUAUUCAGCACCUGGAUCUAUGGCAACUACAAGGGGAAGGACAAAUGUCUAUCGCAACGUGUCUCAAGCUUUUGCGAGAUCUGACCUGGCUGGAAUCGUGUACUCUGGAUGUGGCUCAAGGAGACUUCAACAGAGAGAUCUUGCACCCAGAAGUUAGCAUGCCUAAUCUCUCGUUCUUGUUCAUCUCAUGGGAUUGGUUAGUUGACGUUGGCCCUAUUCUCGAUGUCCUACAUACACCCAAUCUCCGACGUCUCGGGCUCCGAGGCCCGCCACCAACCCGACGCCAAUGGACUCACCUCCGACGCUUCCUGAAACGCAGCCGACCCGCUCUGACACAGCUCUCAAUCAAGGAAAUUGGCUUCACAGAUAUCCAACUCAUUGACUGUCUCAGGCUAGUUCCAACACUCACGAACCUCUCUCUCAGCCACUGCUCCGUUGAUAGCAAUUUUGUCAGGACACUUCGUCUUGACCCUCGACUUCCUGUAAUGCACAACGUCCUCCCGAUGCUCGAGUUCCUCUCGCUCGAGGCUUGCGACGAUUUCGAAGUGAAGGACUUGGUUGCCAUGCUUUAUACACGCGGAAAGGGCCGUCAAGUCCGUGCGAGGCGAUUGCGCGGGAUUCGAUUGUCUUUUUGCAGAAGGAUAAUGGAAUCGCAUCGGAAGGAUAUUGAGAACUCGGGAAUUGAGAAUGUCAUUGUCCGCGUAAAUCGAACCCCGAGGAACUCACCCAGAUGA